AUGUCGGUACCAGAACGACCGUCAAUCGCCGUUACGGCUGCUCACCAGACUGAGCGUCACGACUUUGCAGAAGCGACUCCUCAGCCGUCUCUUGCUCCCUCGCCAACGCCGAGUCCCCCUCCUCCCCAACAUCGGCCCAUCUCUCCUAUACACUCGACAUCGUCGUCCAAGAAGACCCAAGCGCCCACCCGUCCAAGAUGGAUUCUUCACUUGCAGGCUCAGAUGUGGCGCUUCCUCAUGGGCAUCGGAAUGCUGCUUCACCGCAUGGCUCCUCCUCACCCACCCAAACCCUCGUUCAAACGCUCCAUCAAGGCCACCGUCAGUUCCAAGCCCGGCGCUUUUGAUCUGCACUUCUACGUGCCCAAGGACUACGAACAACACCGUCGAACAAACUUCGCCAAGAAGAGAUACCCCUGUGUCAUCAACUUCCACGGUGGAGGCUUCACCUUGGGCAGCCCUAGUGACGAUGCCCGUUGGUGUGGAACCGUCGUCGACGAAUGUGGUGCUGUUGUUGUCUCGGUCGACUACCGCUUGGCUCCCGAGAACCCUUUUCCUACUGCCGUCGAGGAUGGAGUAGACGCUGUCCUCUACAUGGCAGAUAACGCCGACGAGUUUGGCAUCGAUGAGAAUAAGAUUGCCCUUUCUGGUUUCAGCUCCGGCGCUAACAUGGCCUUUACCGUUCCUCUCCGCCUUUACGAUCACCAGAGCGAUCGCAGUCACACCACAGUUCAAACUGUAUCCAUUUGCGCAAUCGUCCCAUGGUACCCAUCCUGCGAUUACACCCAAACCCGUGAAGAGCGCAGAAACACUUCUGUCCGUACUGAUCAGGACCUUCCCGCCAUCUUCACAAACCUCUUCGACGAGUCAUAUCUCCACCCUCCAGACACCAUCCCCCUGGACUCGCCUUAUCUCUCCCCUGGCAUUGCACCCACCGACCUUCUGGCCGAAGCCCUGCCCCAAGAAAUCAUCAUGCACACUUGUCAAUGGGACAUGCUUCUGGCCGAAGGCGAAAAGUUCCGCGAUCGUCUAUUGGGCAAAGGCAUCAACAAAAGCGUCCACUACAAAAUGAUUGAAGGCGUGCCUCAUGGCUGGGACAAGGCACCCAAUCCUCUCAAACCUACUCCUGGUGUCAAGGAGCAUUAUCUCAAUGCUACUGACCACUUACGACGAAUCUUUGCAAAGCAAGGCGGCAGUGCCCCUGAAGAUGCAACUGUUGGUGGUGUUGCUGGUGAAGGGAGAAGAAUGAGUACAUUGGUCAAUUAA